GAGCUCCAAGGCACAAUGGCCCCGAAGCUGCUGCUGCUGCUCUGCCUCUUCUCUGGCUUGCGCGCAAGGUCCAGAAAGGUGGAAGAGGAUGAAUAUGAAGAUUCAUCAUCAAAUCAAAAGUGGGUCUUGGCUCCAAAAUCCCAGGACACAGAUGUGACACUUAUUCUCAACAAGUUGCUAAGAGAAUAUGAUAAAAAGUUGAGGCCAGAUAUUGGAAUAAAGCCGACCGUAAUUGAUGUUGACAUUUAUGUUAACAGCAUUGGGCCUGUGUCAUCGAUAAAUAUGGAAUAUCAAAUUGAUAUAUUUUUUGCUCAGACCUGGACAGACAGCCGACUUCGAUUCAACAGCACAAUGAAGAUCCUUACCCUGAAUAGCAACAUGGUGGGGCUCAUAUGGAUCCCAGAUACCAUCUUCCGUAAUUCUAAGACUGCAGAGGCCCACUGGAUCACCACACCCAAUCAGCUCCUCAGAAUCUGGAAUGAUGGGAAAAUCCUCUACACUUUAAGGCUCACCAUUAACGCAGAGUGCCAACUACAGCUGCAUAACUUCCCCAUGGAUGAGCACUCAUGCCCGCUGAUUUUCUCCAGCUAUGGCUACCCCAAAGAAGAAAUGAUUUACAGAUGGAGAAAAAAUUCAGUUGAGGCAGCUGACCAGAAAUCAUGGCGCCUUUAUCAGUUUGACUUCAUGGGCCUCAGAAACACCACAGAAACUGUGACCACAUCUGCAGGUGAUUAUGUUGUCAUGACUAUAUAUUUUGAACUGAGUAGAAGAAUGGGAUACUUCACUAUUCAGACAUACAUUCCCUGUAUACUGACUGUGGUGCUAUCCUGGGUGUCUUUUUGGAUCAAAAAAGAUGCUACACCAGCAAGAACAGCAUUAGGCAUCACCACAGUACUGACCAUGACCACCCUAAGCACCAUAGCAAGGAAGUCCUUGCCCCGAGUGUCCUAUGUGACCGCCAUGGACCUCUUUGUGACCGUGUGCUUCUUGUUUGUCUUUGCCGCUCUGAUGGAGUACGCCACUCUUAACUACUAUUCGAGUUGUAGAAAACCAACGACCACUAAGAAGAAAACAUCUUUAUUGCAUCCGGAUUCCUCAAAACGGAUUCAUGAGCGAAUAAACCUACAAGCGCCCUCCAACUACUCUCUCCUCGAUAUGAGGCCACCCCCACCUGCGAUGAUCACUUUGAACAAUUCCAUGUACUGGCAGGAGUUUGAAGACACUUGUGUCUAUGAGUGUCUGGAUGGCAAAGACUGCCAGAGCUUCUUCUGCUGCUACGAAGAAUGUAAAUCAGGAUCCUGGAGAAAAGGGCGUAUUCACAUAGACAUCUUGGAGCUGGACUCGUACUCUCGGGUCUUUUUCCCUACAUCGUUCCUGCUCUUUAACUUGGUCUAUUGGAUCGGAUACCUGUAUCUCUAAAUGCCUCACGUAGCAAUGAGUUCAUACUCUACAGUUCUCUACUUUCCCUCAUCCCCAGACCAUAAUGACCAAUCCCAAGUUACAAUGAACACUGCUCAGUUGUGUUACCUUUGAGCAUCAUAGGAAGUAUCCGACAAAUAUUUUUAUUAUGUAUCACACACACACACAGACACACACACACACCCUUUAAGUUUUAGAAUGAUAUUCUUGUUAAUCCUUACUGAAUCUAUAGCUUGGUGAUAUUUAGGAACAGUUUUUGGAUGUUGGAAGCAGCUGCAAAUUAUCCUUGCAAAGAAUCUGUAAAACAAGCAAUCAAACAUCUGAGAAACUUUCUCGGGCCCCACCCCAUUGUGUAUCUGUUCUCCUACAACCCUUACCUGGUGCCUCCAGGUGCCUGAUCCCUGGUGGCCUGGAAGCAGUCAGGCUAUCUCAGCCCCAUGUUCCCUGGUGCCCUGUGCUCAGGAGGGAACCUCAGUGAGUUUUGACCCCAGUUCCUCUCUCAGUGGCCUCUUUUGCUCUACACCACUGCAGUUAGCCUCACUCAAGUCUUGGGAAGGGUAUACACGUGCAAUCCAAGAGUUUCCAUUUAAGGAAAAAAUUAUGAUUUUCAUAAUUCUCAUUUUGCUGACAUCAAAGACGUCGAUUGUCUCUGAACAUCAGAA